AUGAGUUUUACUGAAGCUAAGGUUGCUUCUUGCAGAAUAACCGUAGGAGUCAUUGGGGCAGGUCCAGUAGGUUUGCUGACGGCUCUGAUGUUAAGCAAGCGGGGUUACAUUGUGACCAUAUUUGAUUACCGUGAUUUAUUUGAUGACGACGGUUGUGGUUCAAGUUCUUUACGUUCAAUAAAUCUGGCUCUUUCUAAUAGAGGAAUUAGUUCAAUAAGGAGUGUCGAUGCCAAGUUAUGUGAUAAAAUUUUGCAAGAGGUUGUUCCAAUGAAGGGAAGAAUGAUACACGACGUCAGUGGUUCAGAAGACGCUCAGUUGUAUGGAAUUCAUGGUGAAUGCAUUAAUUCCAUCGGUAGAGCCUUAUUGAACCAUAUUUUAAUGGAAAACGUUAAAAAGGAUAACCAGAUAAUGGGAACCUUUAGCAAUAUUACAAUUAAAGAAAAGCAUAAAUUGCUGUCAAUCAAAUUUAGUGACCAUGAAUAUGGGAAACAACUUUGCAGUUUCCAAACAUCUAGUCCUUCUAAGAGUAUAGAAAAUUUUGAGUUUGAUUUCGUUAUGGGCUGUGACGGAAGCUACUCACAAACAAGAUCACAAAUAGCUGAAACAAUAGCUGUGAAACAGACAGUUCAGGAUGUGGACCGAAAAUAUGUUGAAUUAAGAUUCGAACCAAAUAAAGAUGGUUCCUAUAUUUUUUCAGAGAACUAUCUACAUAUUUGGCCUAGAGAUAACUUUAUGUUAAUAGCGUUACCGAACAAUGAUGGGUCAUUUACUGCGACUUUCUUUGCUUCCGUUGAAAUAUUCCACAAAUUAAUGGCCAUGGAUAAAGAUGAGUUUCAAAAUUUUAUUACGUCCAAUUUUGAAGAUGUGACGAACAUAGUGCAUAUAGAUGUUUUUAUGGAGUGCCUAUAUCAAAAUUCUGGGAAUGAUUUGAACUGUAGAACGUGCUAUCCAUACCAUGUUGAUGGAGGGAAAGCUUUAUUAUUAGGAGAUGCUGCUCAUAGCAUGGUACCAUUUUAUGGGCAAGGAUUGAACUGUGGAUUUGAGGACGUUAAAUUCUUGCAAAGUAUGCUAGAUCAGCAUAAUGAUGACAGAAACUUAGCAUUUAGGGAUUUCUCCCGUCUAAGAGUCCAAGACCAUUUAGCUAUAAUUGACAUGUCUAAGAGAAAUUACUUCGAGAUGUCGCAUGAUGUUGUCUCAAACAUGUUCAUUGUUAAAAAGUGUCUUGACAACUUUUUACAUAGAAUCUUAAAAGACUAUUGGAUCCCACAGUAUACUAUGGUCACAUUCCGUGACGAUAUCAGCUAUUCGAAGGUUGAACAGUUAUCAAACUUCCACAAAAAGAUCACCAACAUUAUGCUGUUUGCAACCGGAUUUGGUUCAUCCGUAGCUAUUAUUAGACUAGUCCACAGACUAUUUGAAAAGUCCUCUAAAUAA